UGCGAACAUCCUCCAGAAUCUGCUAACAGUUUCCCACACUGAACAUCUGGACUGGAGAAAAUCACUUCCCAUUCAAAUGAGUUUUCCAGCAGUGCUGGGAAAAGAAAUCAUUCCACAAUUUUGGACAACGUGGAGCAUUUCGUCCCCAUCGUUGUAGGAAUUCGUCAUAUGAAUUCAUUCAUCUGUUAAUCUUCAUCUGUAAGUAUCACUAUCGCUCGAGUGUAGAUUUAGUUUAGUUUAGUUUGUUUGUUUGUCGUUUUUCUGUCAGUCAGUGCAUUUAUGAGAUGAAACACUGAACACUUUACCGAUCAUCUUUAUGAAUUCAAACAUCUACAACAACAUGAAGACAAUCUGUUUACUCUUUAUCAUCUCAUCUCGUUUCAACGGUGUGUUUGGUGAUGAAGUGAUGUCAGUGAUGGAGGGACAUUCUGUUAUUCUACACACUGAUCUCACUGAUUUGAAGGGAGUCACAAGGAUAAUAUGGAGAGUUGGAGAAGAGGACUCCAAUAUUAGUCUAGUUACAAUAUAUGAUAAUAAGACCAUUGUUGUUCAUGAUGAUGAUGUGAGAUUCAGAGGCAGACUGCAGGUGAAUAAUCAGACUGGAGAUCUGACCAUCAACAACACGAGAGUCAAACACACUGGACGAUAUCAAGCAGAUCUCAACUUACUCAAUGGAACAACAUACAAGAACUUCAGCGUUACUGUAAGCGAAUCUCCUCGUGUUCUGGGUGGUGAAGUGGGUGAAGUGAAGUCAGUGUCAGUGUCAGUGAGUGAGGGAGAAUCUGUGACUCUACACACUGAUGUCCAAACACAAAACAGUACUCUGAUACUGUGGAGGUUUGGAGAUGAAGGUCUUCUCAUAGCUAAAGAUGAUCAAGAAGACAAUAAGAGUCCAAUAUAUUAUGAUGUUCUUGAUGGGAUGUUCAGAGGCAGACUGAAGCUGGAUGAUCAGACCGGAUCUCUCACCAUCACAAACACCACAGCUACAGAUGCUGGACUUUAUAAACUACAGAUCUGCAGCAACAAUCAGACAUUAUACAAGACAUUCAAUUUUUCUCUCAAAGCUGCUGGUGCCUCCUCUGCUGGUGCUGCUGGUGCCUCCCUUGCUGCUGCCUCCCCUGCUGGUGCUGCUGGCUGCUGGUGCUGCUGGUUAUUGCUGUGUAUCUAUGUCGUCACAACAUCCCUGGUCUAAGACAGAUAAAAGAUGCAGCAGGAAUCAGAGAAGCUGAAUCUGGUCUUUACUGAGUGAAGCAUGUUGUUUGAUCGGCGAGGACCUCAACAUCCCUCAUCAACAUCCCUCAUCAACAUCCCUCAUCCCUCAUCGUGUGGACAACGUUCUAGACAUGUAGUGCAACUACGCUUUGGGUGACCUGAGUUCGGGUCCCGACUCGUCGUCCAUUCCCCAUCCCACUGCCUUCUCUCUUCCCCUGUAGCUUCCUGUCUCUCUCCACUGUCCUCUGGAAAUAUAAAGGUAAAAAAGCUUGAAAAAAAAAUGCUACAUUCACAUCAGUUUACAAGUUUUUGAUAAACAGGGAGUCAAACUUUAUUUAUUUGCCGUUGACACUGAUCAAUGAUCAGAAUCUGACUAUUUUUAUGUUUUGUAUAUCUGAUGCUCACCACACAUCAUAUUAUCAGUUUGACUCUCAUGUGUUUGAUAUUGUGCAAUUAUAGACAGUAUUGAUCUAAUGUCUGAUGAUGAGAAAUAUCAGAUAUGAAGAUCUGUGUGAACAUCUACCGUCUUCAACAUCUUGAUUUUAAUGCCUUUAUUGUCAAAGUUUUUUUUGUCUUUUAUGUACAUUGUACAUGCCUAGAAUAAUUUUGCUUAAAUAUUAUUGUAGGUAAACUUUUCUAAGGUAUUAUGUUACCCUCCACCACUAGCAGGUGUGUGUGAGACGAAGGUCAAACAAACUUUUUGACCCUUGUCGUUGACUUUGUCGUUGUCGUUUGCCUUAUGGAUUUGAGCAGAGAUGCUUUAUUUCUUUAUUGUUUUUGCUGUCAUUGAAUCAUUUUGACAGAAGCGGACACAAUAAAUGAAUUGGAAUAUCCAAUUUUGUUUACAGUGAAUGUCCAUUUUGUUUCCAUUCAAGUGCAAACAACGUGUCAAAGGCAAAGCCAAAAUUGGUACUCACGCACCUACAAUUAUGUUCAUCAAAUAUUCCUUUUAUCUGUGUCUCUGAUCAGAUCUGAAUGUAAAAUUGUUCAUGUGAAUACAGACUCUCAGUACAGAUUUACAAAACGUCAUGUAGCACUUAACUGAUCAGCUCACCUCUUUGCACUUGAAAAACGAGAGAAAAACAGUUGAUGUUGGUGCGUAACCUUGUACUGUAGAAUAUGGUAUCACUUUUGUGCUGUAUUGUGAGCUUUUAAAUGAAUUUGCUGGAUUGGCCGAAAUUGUUUCUGUUCUUUCAGCAAUUCUUCAUAAAGUGUUUGGCCUGUUGCACUUGAAAAUGUAAUGGUGAAAUCACUGCGCUGAUGUUUGUGAUGAACUUUGUGCUGUAGAAUAAUAUGAUAAAAUAAUAUUGAGUAUGAAAUAUAUAAUAUUUGUGAAAUUUUGUUAUUGUAAACAGUACUGCUGUAAUAUCUGAUGAGAAAUAACCGAUACGGUGUGUGAAGAGUUGUGUGAACACCUGCAGUCUAUCUUCUUAUACACAUUUAUAUAACCACAAAAAGAUUAUUGUUAAAGUAAAUAUUCUUUUACUAUUAUCCUUUUAAUAUUUUUGUUACUCCAGUGUUUUUCUUAAGAAAAUUGUUCUGACAUGAAUGUAAAAUUGUGAACUUAAUUAAGUUUUUGUAGUCUAACUUGCUUGAUUAGAAAUAAAAAUAUUCUAUAACUAUUAUUUUUGUGUAUUUUUUGUAUUCUAGUUUGCAUGCAUCUUUUCACUUUGUAUUAUUCCAGUUUUUAAGUAUACA